GGUCAGGCCUUUCCUUGCCCUUACACUCCAGUCCUUCACUGAAAAUAUGACAAGCCAGUUCACAAUUUCAAGGCAUUGUGGCUCAGUUAGGGCCCCAGGUAGUAUGCAGAUUUCUCAGAUAGCUUCUGGGUCCUGUCCAACUGUACGUAAAGCUUUCAGUGUAUAUGGUUCUGGGACAGGUGGUCGAACCCAUGCCUCACUGCCAGGAUAUGGUGGCUUGUGUUCCUCUAGCAUAGUAUCAUCUUCUGUUGGUGGUGGUUUUGGUGGUUGUUUUGGUAGUGGUUCUGGUUUCGGUAGUGGCUCUGGUGGUACAGGAUUUGGUAGUUUAUCUGUAGCCUUAGGUGGUGCUCUUGAUAGUAAUUUUCUUGCUGGAAAUGAAAAGAUAACAAUGCAAAACCUGAAUGACCGUCUGGCAAACUACCUGGGUAAUGUGCACAUGUUAGAGAGAAAAAAUGCCGAACUAGAAAAAAACAUCAAAGAGUGGUAUCUGAAACAAUCUCAGGGUGGAGAUGGGACAACUCGUGACUACAGUGAAUAUGAAAAGAUAAUUGAUGACUUGAGAAAUAAGAUCCUGAAUAAAAACGUGGACAAUGCCGAAGCUGUGCUUCAUAUCGACAAUGCUAAACUGGCAGCUGAUGACUUGAGACUCAAGUAUGAGAAUGAGCUGAAUCUGAGACAAAAUGUUGAAGCAGACAUAAAUGGCUUGCACAGAGUUAUGGAUGAACUGUCCUUGUGUCGGGCAGAUUUGGAGUCACAAAUUGAAGCCUUGAUGGAAGAUCUGAACUUCCUCAAGAAGAACCAUGUAGAGGAAAUGGCUGCACUGCAGGCCCAGAUUGGUGGGGAUGUCAAUGUAGAGAUUGAUGCAGCUCCGGGUAUUGACUUGACCAAAGCCAUGGAUGAAAUGCGAUGCCAGUAUGAAACUAUAGUAGAGAAGAAUCAGAGAGAGGCUGAAGACUGGUACAAAAAGAAGGCAAGUGAGCUGAGCAAGGAAGUGUCUUCUAGUACAGAGUUGUUGCAGACACACAAGACAGAGAUGACAAACCUGAAACACACUUUGCAGGGACUGGAAAUUGAGCUGCAGACUCUACUUGCAACGAAAUGUUCUUUAGAAAACAUAUUAGCUGAUACAGAAGCUCGCUAUGGUGCAAUGUUGCAGGACAUUCAAGCAUCAGUCAAUAAUGUAGAAGUGAAUUUAGCAAACAUCAGGUCAGAAAUCGAGUGUCAAUCACGGGACUACCAACUGCUCCUGGAUACCAAAACAAGACUUGAAAGAGAGAUCAGUGAAUAUCGACAGCUGCUUGAAGGAGAGGAUGGCAGGUACACAUCUUCAGGUCCACAGACCACCAUAAAUAUCAGAAAAAUUGUGGAGGAGUACAGGGAUGGAAAGAAGGUCUCUGAAAAGGAGGAAAGACAAGUACACUUGUAACAGCGAGCCAGAUUCCUGUAGACCCACUGUCUGCUUGAGCUAAAGAAUUAUAUAGUCAUGCUAAAAGCAAAGCUUAGAAUCUUGUAUGCAUUCAGAGUGAAAGCAGCAAUGAAAAUUCUUCCCUGAAUACCAUUAAAACAGUACCAUGCUAAUUAGAGUAACUGAAAUGUUGCUAAAAAAUUUCUUUAAAACCUCUGCAGCUGAUACUCCCCACUGCCAGCAUUUUGAUGUAGUUCCAACAUCAAAGUGUAGGACAGGCUAUGUCUCAUUCUAAGGUACAUCUUGGAUAGCAGCCAUUGUACCAAAUUCUGGGUUUCUUCUUUCACAUACUGAAAUGAACAUUAAAGAGAAUUACAGAACAGUAGAUGUAGAUGGUGAAACCUCAAGAAACAUCCAUUGUGCUUGUAUUUCAUGUGUGCAAUAAAAGAAAACAAUUAAACAGAAGUUUGAAAGCAUUACAAGACGUGUUUUGAUAUUAACUCCCAGCUUCUUUGUGAUUCAUUUUCUUAAUAUAUUUAGCAUUGCAAUGCUUGUUUUUUUUGUUUUUGUUUUAUCACUGCUACUUAUUUGUCAAGAGAUCUGAAUGUAACUAUU